CGCAGCUUGUAGGCUGCCUCUCAGUGCCAUAGCAACCGGAGCAGACAUCGACCAUCAACAUGGCCAAAGCAACGACUGUGAAAGAGGCUCUGGCCAAAUGGGGCGAGAAGUCAGGGGAACAAGCGAGCGAGGCUACAGCCAUAAAACUGUACGGUCAGAUUCCUCCGAUAGAGAAGAUGGAUGCUUCUCUCUCCACACUCACCAACUGCGAAAAGCUGUCUCUGUCCACAAACUGCAUCGAGAAAAUAACCAAUCUCAACGGCCUGAAGAACUUGAAGAUUUUGUCUUUAGGAAGGAACAAUAUCAAGGCUCUUACUGGGCUGGAGGCUGUAGGGGAAACAUUAGAAGAGUUGUGGAUCUCCUAUAACGUGAUUGAGAAGCUGAAGGGAAUCCACAGCAUGAAGAAACUCAAAGUCCUCUACAUUUCCAACAACCUGGUCAAAGACUGGGGAGAGUUCGUGAGGCUAGCUGACUUGCCGUGCCUCGCAGACCUGGUGUUUGUUGGAAAUCCUCUGGAGGAGAAAUACUCAGCUGAAGGAACCUGGAUGGAUGAAGCCUCUAAAAGACUCCCAAAACUGAGGAAACUAGAUGGAACCCCGGUCAUCAAAGAAGAAGAGGAAGAAGAAGGAGAAAGUUGAAGAGUGAUCAGUAAAACUACAACCCUAAUCCACAAGACUCUUCCCUUUUUUAAAAGUAUUGUACAGUUUGUUGUGAAGCUUUUCUUUUUAUAAAAUGAUUCUGACGACUUUGACAAGCACAAAAAAUUACAAAGAAAGGGUUUGUGGUGAAUUUAAAGAGUCAAACAAAUUGACGGUACUUCAGGGCCUUUUGGGUUUUGGGACCAGAAAGAGGAUUUAAGGAGACCUUUUUGAGUGUGACUUCAUUAUAAGUACAUUAUUUAAUGCUUUUAACAGCAUUAGGAUUUUAUCACCAAUCCCCUGUGAGCUUGUAUGGUACUGAACCAUCAGAAGGCAAGACGUGCAAAAUCUAGAUUUACAUUGUGUUUUUACUGUGUUGUUGAUUUAUACGCCUCUGUGUUAUUUGAGCAAAAGCUAAAGCACGAUGUAGCACACAAGAGUGAGCAGAGACAUCUGAUUCGAGCAAAUGUUCAGGAAAUACUUCUAGCUACCAUUAAGCUAUAAAGACAAAACACUGUGCUCCCUCAACAACAUCCUAAUAGAGAGAUGGAGAAGGUAAUGCUACAUGACUUUAGCUACACUGGUAGCAGAGUGGGAUUUUCUGACACAACUUCACCGACUAUCAAGGUGCAUGAUGAGUGAAAUGAUGACCCUGAUGAAGACCACAAGCCGAAACGUGUCGGUCUAAUUUGUACAAGCUGUUUGCCUCAUUGUUAAAAAGUUCAGGAAUUUGCUGAAUUAGGGUUUAAACAUUUGAGUUCUCAGGGUAGGAAGCAGUGAUAGCAUUACAAAUAAGAGGUCAAGCUUUCUCUACUCACCUUCUCAUAGGGCAUAAAGGGACCAUCUGUGGAGCAAACUCAGUUAAAAGUAAAAUAUGUAAUGGCCACAAAAUGUCUAAAGCUCUGUGUGUGUUUUUUUUUAGAUUUUCCUUUUGAUAUGAUACUAAGAUCUUAAUUUCUGUCUAGACAUGGUUAUAUUCUGAUCUCAUAUAAAUUGUGAAAUGUUUGAAUGUCCAGUGUUCAUUUUUUGGAGGGCAGAAAGAAGACAACUGUACUUUAUGACAGUUUCUGAUUGAUGUAAUUUACUGCAUUUUCCUGUUUGUAAAAAUGUUACACCAAGGUUUAUGCGAGUAGCAUGUUUAUUAAUUAACAUUGUCUUUGUAAAAUUAUUUUCAUGCCUUUAAAUAUUUUAGGCACAUUUGUUCAUAAAAAUGUGAUAUAUUUAUGUUUGUUUGUUAAAUGAUUUUGAUAUCUGAAAUGAAUAAAAGUUUAUCAGUUGA